AUGGCCAAUUCAGCACGCCGUGCGCUGUCCAAGUACAUAUACUGGACUGAAGACAUUGAACUCGCCAUUCUUCGCGAAGCAAUUCGGGUGGAGCCAUUUGCUGCCGAUCAUGGUGAGCUUUUAGCUCGUUGGACGUUGGUGGCUGCCGCCGUCGCAGAGCAGGAGCCACGAGUCACCCCACGUGCGGCCCGCGAGCACGUUUAUAUGUUGCUCAAGAAAUUCAAGGCAGACGACCAGGCCCAGCGACUCUCCAGUGGAACUGCGGAAGAAGUGACCGAGAAAGUCCAGCUCCUCCAAGACAUUGCGAUGCGGAUGGAUGAGGUGGCGUCGUCCAGGACGAUGAAGAAGACGAAGGAGACCGCGAAGCGAGACUUGCUGGAAACAACUGGCGAGAAGCUUUGCCGUGAAGCAGAA